CUGAAUUUUUUUGAUGUUUCGUCUCCGAAAUUACAACAAAAUCUAAGGAUUUGACUGCUUCUGGCAUCUUGUAAUGAAAUAAGACGGUGGUGAAACUUCACUAUGUCUACGGAUGUGCUAUACACGAAGGGUGCCCGGGUCUGGAUCCGUGACCCUGAGGUCGUGUGGCGUGGAGCAGAGCUGCUGGUGGAUUAUAAAGGCCAGAAAGAGUUAGAUGUAGAAUAUGAGGAUGGCGAGCAAACGAAUAUUGCCAUCAAAACAAAAGAUGCGUUGCCUCCUUUACGAAAUCCUGAAAUCUUGAUUGGUGAGAAUGAUCUCACGUCUCUUAGCUACCUCCAUGAACCUGCGGUUCUCUAUAACCUGCAAGUGCGUUUCUGCGAGCGGAAUGCCAUCUACACCUACUGUGGCAUUGUCUUGGUGGCUCUCAACCCGUAUGAGCAGCUGCCCAUCUACGGGCCCGAAAUCAUCCAGGCGUACAGCGGGCAGGACAUGGGCACCAUGGACCCUCACGUGUUUGCAGUCGCUGAGGAGGCCUUCAAAAACAUGUCCAGAUUUGAUCAGAACCAGUCGAUUAUUGUGAGUGGAGAGUCAGGUGCUGGCAAGACGGUGUCUGCUAAAUAUGCCAUGAGGUAUUUCGCAGCGGUCGGUGGAAGCGAAGCGGAGACAAACAUCGAAAAGAAGGUGCUGGCAUCCAACCCUAUCAUGGAGGCUAUCGGUAAUGCCAAAACCAUACGCAACGAUAACAGUAGCAGGUUUGGAAAGUACAUCGAGAUUGCGUUUGACAAGACCAAUAAGAUUGUCGGUGCAAAUAUGCGUACGUACCUCCUGGAGAAAUCGCGUCUGACGUACCAGGCCGCUGAUGAGCGCAACUAUCACAUAUUCUAUCAGUUGUGUGCAAGUUCGGAGCUGCCAGAAUUUGAGGAGUUUCGUUUAGAUCACCAGAACAAUUUCUUCUACACGAACCAGGGUCAAAGUCCAAUUGUGGAUGGGGUUGAUGAUGCUGAGGAACUGGAGACUACCAGGGAAGCCAUGUCACUUUUAGGUAUUAGCGAAAAAGAACAGAUGAUGCUCUUUCGAAUUCUCACUGGUAUUUUAUAUUUUGGAAACGUCAUCUUUGAUGAAAAAGAAAAAGACGGAGAUUCUUCCACAGUGCCAGGGGGAGAAGAUGUUGAUUGCACGGUGCAAAAAGAUGAUACCAACCUGAUAAUAAUGUGUGAUCUCCUUGGGAUCGACUGCGAGUCGUUGCGCAUGUGGUUGUGUAACAGGAAGAUUGCCACGCAGAACGAGGUGCUAAUCAAACCGUUAAAACAGUCUGAGGCCAUCAAUGCCCGGGACGCCCUCGCGAAACACAUCUACUCGCAGCUCUUCGACUGGAUUGUCUCUCACAUCAACAAAUCAUUGAAAAGUUCAAUCAAAUCGGAUAAAUUCAUCGGCGUUUUAGAUAUCUAUGGGUUCGAGACAUUCGAAGUCAACAGCUUUGAACAAUUUUGCAUAAAUUAUGCUAAUGAGAAACUACAGCAACAGUUUAAUCGGCAUGUUUUCAUCCUCGAGCAAGAAGAGUAUAAUCGCGAAAAGAUUGAAUGGUCUUUCAUCGAUUUCUACGAUAACCAGCCGUGUAUUGAUUUGAUAGAGAAUAAGCUUGGCAUCCUCGACCUACUGGAUGAGGAGUGUAAGAUGCCAAAAGGUUCGGACCAGAACUGGUGCCAGAAACUAUACUCGGCCCACGGCAAAGCUGAACAUUUUGAGAAGCCUCGCAUGUCAAACUCGGCGUUUAUCAUCCACCAUUUUGCAGACAACGUGCAAUACACGAUCGAUGGGUUCCUUGAGAAGAAUCGUGACACGGUGUUGGAGCAGCAGGUGGAUGUGCUCAAGGCCAGCAAGUACGAGCUGGUAGGAGAAUUGUUCUCUGAACGAAAACCUGCUGAUCUUCCACGGCAAAGAUCUGGUUCCGGCAUCAUCCAUCAUCCGAGACCCACGCCCAAACAACCCAGUAAAGCUCACAAAUCCACUGUAGGAUCACAGGCCGGUAUAUCAAAGCAAACUGUUAGCCGUCAGGUUAUCACAACCAUUCAACAUGGAACCACUUCACGAAGAAAAACCGUUGGCUCGCAGUUUCGAGAUUCGUUGAAGCUGUUGAUGGCUACGUUAAGCUCGACGACGCCUCACUACAUCAGAUGUAUUAAACCGAAUGACUACAAGGAAGCAUUUGAGUUUGAACCAAAGAGGGCAGUGCAGCAGCUGCGGGCGUGUGGUGUCCUCGAGACGAUUCGUAUCAGCGCAGCGGGCUACCCAUCGCGGUGGACAUACCAGGAGUUCAUCAGCAGAUACCGCGUGCUCGCAACUUCCAAACAGAUCGUCAGGAAGGAUACUCAGAAAUCAUGCAAGAACAUUCUGGAAAAACUCAUUCAGGACCCAGACAAGUUCCAGUUCGGUAAGACGAAGAUCUUCUUCCGAGCGGGCCAGGUGGCCUACCUCGAGAAGCUACGAGCCGAUAAACUGCGAGCAUGCGGAGUGAUGAUUCAGAAACACAUUCGCGGCUGGUUACAGCGGAGGAAGUAUGUCAAGAUCAAGAGGACCGUGUUACUCAGUCAGAUGUAUGGCCGAGGUUUCCUUGCAAGGAAGAAAGCAUUAUUCCUACGUCGUACCCGUGCUGCCACCACCAUUCAGAAACACUGGCGUGGGUACAUACAGUAUACACAGUACAUGCGCGUCAGGUGUGCCGUACUCACGAUACAGGCAUUUUCCCGUGGCAUGGCCGGCCGCAAGGUAUACCGGGCUAAGCGCUCCAAUGCCAAGGCGAUUAUCAUCCAAGCGCGGGUGCGAGGUUGGCUGGCGCGGCGUGGCUACAAGAAGAUCAUCUAUGGUAUCGUCAAGUUACAGUCGCAUGUCAGGAGGCGUGCGGCCAAGAAAGAACUCAAGCGGUUAAAGAUUGAAGCCAGAUCAGUCGACCAUAUCAAGACAGUCAACAAGGGACUGGAAAAUAAGAUUAUCGAACUUCAACAGAGACUUGACGAGAAUAAUAAGGAGGUUAAGAAGACUCGCGAGGAGAUGAUACAUUAUAAUGAGCUGAAGAAUGAGAUGGAGUCGCUCAGGAAGGAGGGCAAGGCGCAGAAACUCACAUCAAACAGAAUAUCAGAACUUGAGGCGGAGAUCGAACUGCUGCGUGCCGAACUCGCGUCGGAACGCAAAGAGAAGAACGAAUUGGUCCAUGAGAAGGAGAAGUUUGCAGAGGAGCAUGAGAAGAUAGUGAUGGACUUCACGACGGAGAAGAUUUCGCUGAAGGAAGAGGUGGAGGAACUGAAUAGGAAACUGAAAGAAAAAGAUGCUGUCUUGAAGAAUAAAGUGAGUGAAGCCGCCACGAGUCAACUGGAGUAUGACAACGUCCAACAAGAACGUGCCCAUCAUCAAAUGCUAGUCAAAGAACACGGACGCUUACAGCAGCGAUGUGAAAACCUUCAAAACGAGCUUGGUAUUUUACGUGCCAAAGGUGUGUCGGUGUCGCGGUCGACGUCCAAUGCAAGCAGCUUCAGCGUGGAUGGUGCGAGCCCAAUGCUGGCAGAGAUGGAAGGAGAGACGGGCGAGGAAAUUGACGAGAAGGAGCGAGAUGAGAAGGAGUUGGACCUGGGCUAUGGAUCAGAGCGUCGUAAGGUCCUACAGCACACCAAGCUUGGAAGUGUCGAUUGGAAGUCCGAAGACCAAGCUAGACUCUCCGAGGAACAAGCAGAAAAGUCAACAUGGCAAUACAGUUUAACACAACAGCAAGUCAGGAAAGAAGGUGACCCCAUAGCACUUGUGAUCAAACUCCAGAACCGCGUGAAGGAACUGGAGAAGGACCGGUCGCGUCUACUCAGGGAGCUGGAGCAUCUCAAAGAUCAGAUGGAACGAGUCGCAUCCAUCAAUGAUAACUCAUCUGCUGACAAGAUACGGGCUGACGAGUUAGAAUUAGAGAAAAACAGGUUGAAUGCUGAACUAAUGCGAUUACGCAAAGUCGUAGCUGAAAGUGCUGCUUUCGACGACGGUGGAGAAAAAGGUGCUAGCGAAGAACAGGAAAAACGCCAAUCAGUUGCCAAAGAAUUUAUGGAUCAAUUUGAAGCCAUGACAGAAGAACUCGAGCGCAGACGUGAGGAGUGUAUCCAGUUGAAGGCGGUAAUGGCCAAUCGUAACGUCAGUACGUCGGCGAUCGCACGGGAAUCGUACCAUAAUGACCCUGGUAUGAUAAAUGAUGAUGGUGAACUCGCAGUCGCUUAUAAAACCAUGAAGGAUGUUAAUAGGUUACUGGAAGACCAACUCCAGAAAGAGAAGGCGCUCCGUGACGAGAAUGAGCAGGAAUUACGUAAUGAGAUUCAAGAGUUGAAACGCGACAACGAGCGGCAACAGAAGCUUAUUGGACAGCAAAAAAAGUCAAUGCGUCGUUCAUCGAAGAAUCUUACCCUUCCACCCGGAGCCAAGAUCGAGGCAACCAUGCAACAUGAGAUCACGAGAAUGACAGGAGAAAACUUGGAUCUGCGGGAACAAAUUGACACGCUGCAAGAGACGAUCAAAAAACUGAAAAAGGCUGUGAAGAUCUAUGCCAAGAGGUUAAAGAACCAGGAAGGAUUUUUACGCCGUUCGUCUACGAUAGGUUCAGUCAUGUCGCCAAUGAGCCCAUGUGGUCCUGAUGUCCUCCAGGAGAUUGAGAAGAUAGCACGCUCAGAAUCAGAUGACGCCAUGCCAAGCAUCAAAUACCAGGAGCGCGAAUAUCGAGGAAUGUUAGAAUACAAGAAGGAGGACGAACCGAUGCUUGUCAAAAAUCUUAUCAUAGACUUAAAACCAAAGAUAGCAGUGAACCUCUUGCCAGGGUUGCCGGCCUAUGUGUUGUUUAUGUGUAUACGCCACACAGACUCGGUAAACGAUGAUGAUAAGGUGCGCACGCUACUCUCGGCCACGAUUAGCGGAAUCAAAAAAGUCGUCAAGAAACGGCACGAGGAUGUUGAAACUGUGACAAUGUGGCUGGGAAACACGUGUCGACUCUUACACAAUCUGAAACAAUACAGUGGAGAGAAGGCCUUCCAGAGUGAUAAUACCAUGAAACAAAAUGAGCACUGUCUCCAGAACUUUGAUCUUUCCGAGUACAGACAGGUGUUGAGUGACUUGGCAGUGUGGAUCUACCAGGGUCUCAUAAAGCUCAUGCAACAGACCCUGCAACCAAUGAUAGUGUCAGCCAUACUAGAACAUGAGGCUAUCUCGGGCCUGUCUGGUUCAAAACCGACCGGGAUGAGGGGCCGGACCAGUAGCAAUGCUGGAGAGUUGGAGGACACGCGGUCAAAACGAUACGGUCUCGAUUCCAUGAUGAAGAUGCUAAAUCAUUUCCAUAAGGUUCUCCAGAACCACGGUAUCGACCCGGAGCUGGUCAAACAAGUGUUCACGCAGUUGCUCUACUUCAUCUGUGCAGGUGCUCUGAACAACCUCCUCCUACGCAAGGAGAUGUGCCACUGGUCAAAGGGCAUGCAGAUACGGUAUAACAUCAGCCACGUUGAACAAUGGAUGCGGGACAAUAAGCUUCAGGAGGCUGGCACGCUGGCCACGUUAGAGCCCAUCAUCCAGGCGUCGCAACUCCUCCAGGCUAGGAAGUCUGAGUCGGACGUGGAGAGUAUUGCAGAGAUGUGUUCUAAACUCACUGUGGCUCAGAUUGUUAAGAUCCUCAACCUCUACACGCCAGUGAAUGAAUUCGAGGAGAGAGUCCCCAUAGCGUUCAUCCGCAAAAUCCAGGAGAAGUUAAAGGCACGACAAGAGGUCGGCGCCACAUUACUGAUGGACACGAAACUCUCUUUCCCCGUCACCUUCCCUUUCAACCCAUCAUCGAUCGGGUUGGAAACCCUGCAAGUCCCUGAGGUGCUUAGUCUUGCGUUCUUGAAGAGGGUGUAGUGCCGUCUGGCGGCGGCGGGGAGACUUACAUUCCGUAGUAUGCGAAACGGGCGACUUCCAUCUGAUCAGAUUGUUGGAGUUGACCCCAAGUUAUAUGUUAUUCCAUGUGAAAUGUUUCCAGAUAGAUCUGGCCAAAGGUACUUGGCUGACCUCUUGUAACUAAACUGUAAUGUCAUGAUCAUGAAUAGUUAUGGUGCUGGGCUGUCGGAGUGGGGCAGUGGGUACUGGGCUGUCGAAGUGGGGCAGUGGGUACUGGGCUGUCGGAGUGGGACAGUGGGUACUGGGCUGUCGGAGUGGGACAGUGGGUACUUGGCUGUCGGAGUGGGGCAGUGGGUACUGGGUUGUCGGAGUGGGGCAGUGGGUACUGGGCUGUCGGAGUGGGGCAGUGGGUGCUGGGCUGUCAGAGUGGGACAGUGGGUACUGGGCUGUCGGAGUGGGGCAGUGGGUACUGGGCUGUCGAAGUGGGGCAGUGGGUACUGGGCUGUCGGAGUGGGACAGUUGGUACUUGGCUGUCGGAGUGGGACAGUGGGUACUGGGUUGUCGGAGUGGGGCAGUGGGUACUGGGCUGUCGGAGUGGGACAGUGGGUACUGGGCUGUCGGAGUGGGGCAGUGGGUGCUGGGCUGUCGGAGUGGGGCAGUGGGUACUGGGCUGUCGGAGUGGGGCAGUGGGUACUGGGUUGUCGGAGUGGGGCAGUGGGUACUGGGUUGUCGGAGUGGGGCAGUGGGUACUGGGCUGUCGGAGUGGGGCAGUGGGUACUGGGCUGUCGGAGUGGGACAAAGGAAACAUCAGCGCCUGUCACCUCUGAGGUCCCGGGUUCGAUUCCCGGUCGGCCCGGUAUAUCAUGUGAUGGAGAGGGCGACUCCUUUCGACAGCGUAGGUUUCCUCCUACGUACAUUACAAGCGGCCAAUAUGGUUUUUAGAGCUAAUAAUGUCCUACAUUUGUAGUUCACGCUCAGCUUUCAACUCAAUGUUGUUUUUAAUAGUAACGGUACACAGCGCUAGGCAGCCAGCUUAAGUUUACACGCUAUAAGAGCUAUACUCAGUUUCUUCAGCAUUAGUAAGGCCUGCCCUGAGAAUAUUCUAAUGUUGUGUAAACACCAAUAUCUUUUGGUAAAUGUGAUCUGGUCACAUUCCUGAGUUCAAUCUAGUGUUGCGCAACACCACUAUCUUUUGGUAAAUGUGAUCUGGUCACAUUCACGAGUUCAACUACAUAUAAGUACCUUUGGCCAGAAAGAUAUGAAAAACACUUUAGUCAAGCUUAUACUGUCUCGAGUAGGUGCGAGGUAUGCCUCAUCUAGCUUAUCAACAAUUCAGGCACUAUUCACUAAUCCUUUUCAGUCCUCCAGGGCCCGGUUGUUAAAACUGGUGUUAACUUUACUUGGCCUUAUAAAGUCUAAUGGACUUAACUGAAGGCGAUGCAUGUAGGGCCGAGUUAAUAAGUUACACUAACGUUAGUCAAACUAGGUCAAGGUCAGUUUUGGAGUAUUCGGGCUAAAACAGCAUGUUGACAUUUGUGACCUGACACAGCAUAACCAGGCGCAUGUCGCACAGAAGAUGAGCCUAAAUGACACAGGAGAUACAUAAUGGCAGAAAUUGAUGUACUCAGACUUCACAAAAUGUAGACAACAGUAUUAAAGAUGAACAACCGGGUCGUCUCGACCUGUCAAGCUCAAAGCAACAAGUGCCUGGUUUUGCUGUGAUGGGUCACAUUCUAGAAAAGGGGUGCACAGCGAGAAAGACGUGCGCGAAUUGCGUCACUGGGCAGAGUGAAUUUGUGACAGAGAGAUCCAGUGGACAGUGCUAUUCGUUGCAUACAUAAUUGAGUUGUAUAGUGUUAUUAUUUAGGAACCAGUCAAUUUGUUUCGCCACGUGUAGAUUUGCCGGUAGAGUGGCGAUAGUGAACAUAUUAGAAUGAAUCUAUUUAUUAUGACUAUUAUUAUAACUAAUAUAAUUGUGAUUGUCGGUAGAGAAGUUGUUUGUACAUCUGUUCUUAUGUCUCUAUUGACUACAUUUUCUGUUGAGUAUAUAGUGUUUUUCAUAUAUGUGACUCGCUCUACCAAAACUAGGCGCUUGUCGCAUCUGAACUCGACAGGUUGAU